GAGGAAAAAAAAGGCAGAAAAGGGAAAGAAAGAGGAAGAGAGAGAGAGAGUGAGAGGAGCCGCUGAGCCCACCCCGAUGGCCGCGGACGAAGUUGCCGGAGGGGCGCGCAAAGCCACGAAAAGCAAACUUUUUGAGUUUCUGGUCCAUGGGGUGCGCCCCGGGAUGCCGUCUGGAGCCCGAAUGCCCCACCAGGGGGCGCCCAUGGGCCCCCCGGGCUCCCCGUACAUGGGCAGCCCCGCGGUACGACCCGGCCUGGCCCCCGCGGGCAUGGAGCCCGCCCGCAAGCGAGCAGCGCCCCCGCCCGGGCAGAGCCAGGCACAAGGCCAGGGCCAGCCGGUGCCCACCGCCCCAGCGCGGAGCCGCAGUGCCAAGAGGAGGAAGAUGGCUGACAAAAUCCUCCCUCAAAGGAUUCGGGAGCUGGUCCCUGAGUCCCAGGCUUACAUGGACCUCCUAGCAUUUGAGAGGAAACUGGAUCAAACCAUCAUGCGGAAGCGGGUGGACAUCCAGGAGGCCCUGAAGAGGCCCAUGAAGCAAAAGCGAAAGCUGCGCCUUUAUAUCUCCAAUACUUUUAACCCCGCGAAGCCCGAUGCCGAAGAUUCCGAUGGCAGCAUUGCCUCCUGGGAGCUGCGGGUGGAGGGGAAGCUCUUGGAUGAUCCCAGUAAGCAGAAGAGGAAGUUUUCUUCCUUCUUCAAGAGUUUGGUCAUUGAGUUGGACAAAGACCUUUAUGGCCCAGACAACCACCUUGUUGAGUGGCACCGGACACCCACAACCCAGGAGACAGAUGGGUUCCAAGUGAAGAGACCAGGGGACUUGAGUGUGCGCUGUACCCUGCUCCUGAUGCUGGACUAUCAGCCUCCCCAGUUCAAACUGGACCCCCGCUUGGCCCGGCUGCUGGGGUUGCAUACGCAGAGCCGCUCAGCCAUUGUCCAGGCACUGUGGCAGUACGUGAAGACCAACAGGCUACAGGACUCCCAUGACAAGGAAUACAUCAAUGGAGACAAGUAUUUCCAGCAGGUACCAUAUUUUGACUGUCCCCGCCUGAAGUUUUCUGAGAUUCCCCAGCGCCUCACAGGCCUGCUGCUUCCCCCUGACCCCAUUGUGAUCAACCAUGUCAUCAGCGUGGACCCAUCAGACCAGAAGAAGACUGCGUGCUAUGACAUUGAUGUGGAGGUGGAGGAGCCACUGAAGGGGCAGAUGAGCAGCUUUCUCCUGUCCACGGCCAACCAGCAGGAGAUCAGUGCUCUGGACAGUAAGAUCCAUGAGACCAUUGAGUCCAUAAACCAGCUCAAGAUCCAGAGGGACUUCAUGCUAAGUUUCUCCAGAGACCCCAAAGGCUACGUCCAAGACCUGCUCCGCUCCCAGAGCCGCGAUCUCAAGGUGAUGACAGAUGUGGCCGGUAACCCUGAGGAAGAACGCCGGGCUGAGUUCUACCACCAGCCCUGGUCCCAGGAAGCUGUCAGCCGCUACUUCUACUGUAAGAUCCAGCAGCGCAGGCAGGAGCUGGAGCAGUCACUGGUCGUGCGCAACACCUAGGAGCCUGUGAACACGCAUCACUGUGGACCAGCCUCGCUGCCCAGCAUGGACCCUGGGCUCUGGACUCCCUCUCCCGCGCUGUGCUGGGGUUGGGGAGGGCUGGAUUAAAGGUCACUCAUCAGACAGCA